AUGUCGCGUCUUCGCGACCCUGCGGAAUAUAUAUCGAAAGCAAAGCAUGAAUGGGUCGGUCACAUUAUGAGAAGAAUCGACGAUAGAUGGACUAAAAGAACGCUAGAGUGGAUCCUAAGAGAUGCUAAACGCCCGAGAUCGCCGACGAGAUGGGGUGACGUGUUCGCUACGCGGAGCUCAGCUGGAAUCGGCUCAAGAACCUCGUCAACGUCACUCAUGAAACUUGAGAACAUCUUGGAUGACAAUGGCGAGGGAACGAAACGAAUGGAAGAGAUGCUGGGGCCCCCACACUGA